AUGAAUUCAAGCAGUUCGCACACUUCAUUGAAAGUUACCUCAGAGCGCCCGCAUCAAGAAAAACAUUUAAAUGGCGGUCACCAACAUAACAAUUCACAAAACUGGAAUAAUACUUCUACCGGUGCUGCUUCGUCAGCUCAAGAAAGAAUUUGGCUAGAUAUGUAUGUUCGUCAGAUUCCAUCGUCAGUUUACAAUAUUCCUGUGUUGUGCGAAAUUACAAACCAGAAUAUUUCUGUUAAGCGUUUGCGAACUGCUUUGUUGAGUGUUAUCCAAAGACAUCCACCAUUACACACGUCAUUGAAUUAUAAUAACGAGGAAAAAUGCUUAAAGCAGUUAGUAAAGUACAUGUCAAGUGUAGACGAUAGUAAUCAUGAUGAUUACUAUUCAUUUCAGUUUACACGGGUGUCGACAAAGAAGGAAUUUGAUCAAAUACUUGAGUUCGAAACUAACGGUAACCAUUUUAAUAUAGAAACGGGUAUUGUGCUGAAAUGUCAUAUUGUGAAACACAAUAACAAAAAUGACGAUAUAUUGGACACUGGAGACUGUAUUAUAUUUAAUUUUCAUCAUAUUGCUGUGGAUGGGCGUUCGAUAAAACCAUUUUUUAACGAUUUACAAGAUGCUUAUAUGGGUAUGCUAGAACACACAACGGACAUCGUGAGCUAUCUUCAUUAUGCGAUCAAAGAGAAGCAAACGCUAAACGAUCAUUCGUUGGAUUUGACAAUAAACGAAGCAAGAAAAUACUGGCAUAACAUGGUGAGACAGUUGGAUACUACAAAAUUGAUACCAUUACCGUACGACUAUCCGGAAAAAUUAGGCAAAAACCGUUCUGGGACCGGCGUUAAUUUACUCUUUCAACUUAACGAAAUAUUAACAGAGAAUAUCACCAAAUUUGCCAAAGACUGUAAUAUGUCUGUGUUUCAAUUACUGUUAACAUGUUAUAGUUUGUUCCUGCACAAAAUGGCACGCGAAAACACUCUUUGGAUUGGCGGUCUUCAAGCAAAUCGUCCUACCUCAAAAUUCCAAAAUAUCAUUGGAAUGUUUGUCAACAUUGUGCCUUACCGAUCGUCUCUGAUUGAUUUCGGAACAAAUUUCAAAGAUUUAGUUGAAAAAAUGAAGAAACAAUGUGCUGACACUAAUCAGUACUCGUAUUUGCCAUUUCAGGAAAUAAUUAAGUUAGUUCGUUGCAAUACCUCACAAAACUCUCAAAUGCAGCAGUUCUUUUUUCAAACGUUAUUUACUUAUGAAAAUACUCAAUACACUUCUCUAGAAUUCCUAGAUACCAAAUGCAAAAAUUACAACGACGAUGACAUCUUACGUCACCGAAACACAGCGCAAUUCGACUUAACAUUAUCGAUGAAAAAUAUUAUCUCUCAUGUUACAAAUCAACCGUGUUUGACCGGUUCAUUUGAAUAUUCCUGUGAUUUGUUUCAAUCAGAAACGGUUGCAACCAUGAUUCAUCGGUUUCGAUUCUUACUCGAACAAUUAUUUUUGUCAGUAACAUCACCAUCGUUUGAUCUUGAAACACAACCUCUCUACGAAUUGUCUCUAUUGCUACCACAGGAAACAGAGCUGUUGCAUGAUAUAAACGAGACACAUGCUGAUCUUGGUCAAAUCUGCUGUAUCCAUCAUGAAUUUGUCAGUCGUGCACAAGAACAUCCGCAAAAACUAGCCGUUAUUCUUGAUAACCAGUCACUGACUUACAGUGAGAUGUUAUAUUAUGUUCAGUGUUUAGCAUCAUAUCUGACAACACACCUCAAUGUGAAACAAGGUGAUAUUAUUUGUCAAUGUGUUGAACGAUCAAUCGAAAUGGUUAUCGGGGCUUUGGCGAUCAUCACCAGUGGUGCAGUUUAUUGUCCAUUGAAUCCAAAUGAGCCGGAUGAUCGUCUUCGGCUGCUAAUAAACGAUGUCAAAGCAAACGUUGUGCUCGUAGAUUCUCAGACAGAAUACAAAUUCGAUGCUUCAUUGCCUACUGCGCUACUAUUGAUUAACAUUGAAGAACCACUGAGUACUAUCGAAAAGAAAGAUUUGGAACCAGACAUCUUUCGCCGUGCUACCACAACAAUUACACCGGAUAAUCUUUGUUAUCUAUUAUUUACUUCGGGCUCGACGGGCAAACCGAAAGCUGUACAGAUUAGACAUCGAAAUUUUGUUUCGUAUAUUCAAUCGUGUGUUCAUUUGGACAUGUUCAACGACAAGGAUAUUCUGCUUCAGAUAGCGCCGUGUUCAUUUGAUGUACAUGUAGAAGAAAUAUUGGGAUCAAUGUACGUCGGUGCCACGGUGAUCAUGUUGAAACCAAAUGGCCAUCUAGAAAUCAAUUAUCUAUCACACGUUAUUCAACAUACCCAAGUGACAUUCAUUGACAUUGUGCCAACAUUGUUGCGAUUGUUGUGCGAAUUUUUAAAUGCCAACAAUCAAUUUAAUCGCAUUCGAACAGUACGAACGUUUGCUGUGGGAGGUAAUCGAGAACAAAUGGUAUCGAAAACGAUAUCAAUGUUAAUGCCACAUUUACCACAUCAUGGAAAAAUAAAAAAUACGUACGGGCCAGCCGAAUGUACAGUGGCGUGUUGUGACCAUCUAGUGACACAAAAAGAUCUAAUAUCUACUCAAAAUAUUCCUAUCGGUCGCCCAUUACCCAAUUAUCAAUGUUAUCUGUUAGAUGAUUGCUUACAACGAGUUCACAUAGGUCAAAUAGGCGAAAUAUACAUUGGAGGUGUUGGCGUUUUUGCAGGAUACUAUAAUCGAGACGAUUUAACAGAAGAGACUUUGAUCGAUAUACCAGGCGUGCAUGGGAAAUGUUAUCGAACGGGGGAUUUGGGUAGAUUCAAUGAAAAUGGUGCCCUAAUGUAUUGUGGACGCAUCGAUUAUCAAGUGAAACUAAGAGGUCAACGAAUUGAGUUAGGCGAAAUUGAAAAUUGUAUAAUGAAAUCAUCACCUCUUAUUGUAAAUUGUGUCGUGGUCAAAGUUCACGACGACAAAACGGAUCAAGAUUAUUUGGCUGCGUAUAUACAAACCAUGAGAAAAGAUAUUCAAGAGAACGUGAGACAAUAUUGUCAAUCUCAUUUACCAUCGUAUAUGGUGCCCACAAUUGUUGUUCUGCUAGAACAAUUACCAUUGAAUGAAAACGCAAAGGUUGACCGGAAACAAUUACCAAAAUUCGAAUUUUCACUACAACACCCCAAUGAUGAUGAUUACGUCGAACCGACAACCGAUGACGAACGAGAAAUCCAUCGCCUAUGGUGUGAACUGUUAGGUGUGGAUAAAAUAUCAACCACAAAAAAUUUUUUUUCAUUGGGCGGCAAUUCACUAUUGUUAAUGAGACUCAUGAAUUAUUAUCAAACAAGUUUUGCUCAACAAAAGCUAAAUAUUUCAAUAUUAUUUCGACAACCAACAAUUCAACAACAUGCACAACUUGUCACAAUCAAUACGGAUAAUAAUGGUGAUCAUGAGCAACAACAAGUAUUGCCAAAACACAAACAAUGGCAACCAUUGAAUAUCAACGAAGCUGCUGCAUCUUCAGCUCAAGAACGUAUUUGGAUUGAUGAACAAGUAAGAUUUGAUUCAAAUAAUCCAUUGGCCAUUUACAACAUUCCAAUUGUACUUAAAGUGAUAGAAGGAACUGUCUCUGUUAGUCGUUUACGUAAUGCGUUAUUGGCCAUGAUUUGCAAGCACUCGAUAUUAAGAACAAAACUGAUAUAUUCACCUGAAGAAAAAUGCUUAAAACAGUACAUCAAACCGACGCCUGAUGAAUUUUUAACACCGAAACAUGAUGAUUAUUACUCAUUCGAAAUGAGUGUGCUGAAUAAUGAACAAGAAUUUGAUCAAACCAUGCUAGCAGAAGUGAAUAGACAUUGGUUUUGUUUAGAAACGGGUACUGUGUUUCGUUGUCAUGUUGUAAAAAACAAACUCGAUAACAAUGACACCUUGAUGAAAGAUGAUGCGAUUAUACUCAAUUUCCAUCAUUCUGCAUUUGACGGUAGCUCUAUGACACCAUUUUUAAACGGUUUGCAAG